GCGGGGGGGGGCAAAGGGCGCGCGGGGAGAGCGGGGCCAUGGAGGCUCCGCGGAGUCGCCGCGUUGGGAUCCUGGGCUACGGCCAGUUGGGGCAGUUCCUGGCCCAGCAGCUCUUGGCCCGGGGGCCCCCCCUGGGCCUGACCUUGGCCUGGGUCUGGGCCCGGGAUGGGGCAAGUUUGGGGGGGCUGCCCCCUGCCCUGCGCCUCCCCGACCUGGGGCUCCUGCCCAGCACGGGGGUGGACCUGGUGGUGGAGGUGGCCCACCCGUGUGUGGCCCAGGAACACGGCGAGGACAUCCUGGGACAUGCGGAUUUCAUGCUGGGGUCCCCCACGGCUCUGGCGGACCCGGAGACUGAGCGGCGGCUGCGGGAGGCUGCAACACGGGGGGGCCACACCCUGUAUGUCCCCAGGGGAGCCCUGUGGGGCUGCGGGGACAUUGCCAGGAUGGACCAGGAGGGGACACUGGCUGCCCUGAAGGUGACAAUGACCAAGUCCCCGCAGAGUUUCCGGGCGCAGGGGUGGCUCCAGGAGCGGGUGGCGGCUGCGGUGGCCUCAGGGACGAGGACGGUCCUGUACGAGGGUCCCCUGCGGCCCCUCUGUCCCCUCGCCCCCAACAAUGUCAACACGAUGGCAGCGGCGGCCGUGGCGGCACCAGGGCUGGGCUUCGACGGUGUCACCGCCUGCCUGGUGGCCGACCCCAGGUGUGUCACCUCCCCCCUGUCACCUCCCUCUGUGACCUCCCAUGGUGACAUCCUAGUGCCACCCCCAAGUGUCCUUGUUGUCCCCUCAGUGUCCCCCCCAGUGCCACCCUCUCCCUGUCCCCUCCUUGUCCCCUGC